UGCUAAACGACAUUUUGAUUCUUUGUACCACCAAAAUGGACAGUUCAGCUUGGGAGUACCAUAAAGAAACCAUUCGAGAUCUUUACCUCGUGAAAAACAAGACGACAAAGAAAGUUAUGGAAGUGAUGGAUAGCGAAUACAACUUCAAAGCCGAUAUCAAACAAUAUGGGCGCUGGUUCAAGAAAUGAAAUUUCCGGAAGAACCUUACCGAGAAAGAAUGGGUGGCUGUCGCGCGUCGCAUCCACAAGAGAAAAAGAGAUGACAAGGAGACCAAAAUCAUGUUAGAUGGUAUUCCCAUGUCAACUAAAAAAGUACAGAAAGCAAUUUCAAGAUACGGAGAAGAGACUAGGGAG